AUAAAUUCUAUGAAACCAAAAGAGCCCAUAAAUAUGAAAAUUCACAGUUCCAAGAGUGGUUGUUACAGGAAAAUGCACAAGCAAAUCCAGAGCAAAAGCUGUUUUUAAGAAAGAGGUACACAGAUAUGAUUGGUAAAAAACUGCACAAGGGUGAGCCCGUUGUAGGAGAUCAGAGUACAGGCCAUAUAAAAGAAGAAGAAAGACGGCAUCAGGAGAACAUUAAAAGAAAACUUAAUCUCCGAAAACAAAUUGAAGCGGACUGGAAGAUAAAAGAAAUGUUACUGCUGAAAAAGAUUGGGGAAGAAGUAAAAAGAGAAGCAAGAAUUGAGGAACAACGUCGAAAGCUCAGAGAAGCAGCUGACCAAAAGAAACAAGAACUUCUAGAGAAAAAACUCGCUUAUCAUUUACAAAAAAUGCAAAGGAGUGACAUUAGGAAAGAAGAAUCGGAGAAAAUCACCUCUGAAAACAAUGAAAUAGGAGAUACUUCAAACACCAAGAAAAUGACUGACUCAUCCCAUGACCACCAAUCACAUCAAGGACAAAAAGAUCACUGCUCUCCAAGUUUUUCCAAGACAUCUACCAAAAAAAUAUCAAUCUUAUUAUCUCAUGAUGUACAGAGCAGCAUAACAGAACAAAAGGAAGGUACAUCAUUUACUUUAAGUGAUGAAGGUAUUAAAAGUACAAAUGUGUCUGCUAAAGCAAAUGUCUCCAGACACUCCUCACAAGAUGGUCACAAAUCUGAGAUCUACCUGCAGCUCAGAAAACUACGUCUCCUCAUGACUCAUCACUUAAAAAACCAAACUGCUGUCCAGAUUGCUGUCAAGGAAAUAUUGCUAGUAGGAAUUCAUUGCUGAAUUUAAUGAAGCCUGACAUCACCAAAGUGGAGCUUUUAGAAGAUGUGCAGAGCAA